UUAUAACAGACAGACUGCGUUGUUCUCCCUUUGGCUACUCACAGUCAGACCUUUACAGUUAGUCACUGCAUCAACCCUUCCUCGCCAUUUACCAAUACAACUAACGGUAGAUUCGUCUCGGUUCCGCAUUGUCUCUCUCUCCUCCCGAGACCAACUCCGACCUCUUCCACCACGACAAUGCGUAUGCCUUAUCGUAUCACCACAGCAUUGGCGUGGGCGUGGACUCUUGCGAGUUUCACGCACGCGCAAAUGGGAACGACUGCUCCGGUAGCGGCUCCUUCCGUCCUUCCCGUCGUGACGCCGACUCUGCUUCCGGUUGCGGCACCGACCAAGGCACCAGCCGCCGCAGUAGUACCGACCAAGGCACCCGCCGCCGCAGUAGUACCAACCAAGGCACCCGCAGCAACCGCGACUAUAGCUCCGGUGGCAGUAGCGACUACGGCUCCAGUGGCGGUCGCGACUACGGCUCCAGUUGUGGUGGCUUCCGCCGCGCCCUCCGCUGCCGCCGUCAACGUUACUACCGCACCAGUCGCGGUCGCCUCCGCCGCUCCUCUCGCUGCGGUGGCCUCCCAGGCUCCAUCCUCGGCGCCAGUCAUGGUACCGUCCGCUCUUCCGACGGGUAACACGUCCCCGGCACCGUCCGUAGUGCCAACCGACAGUCCCUCAGCAAUGCCGUCUGGAAUUCCCACCAAGGCUCCCACCGCAACCAGUGCCCCCACCGCUGUGGCUACCGAAAGUCCCACCAUGGGACCCACCGUUGCCGCUACGACUGGAACUCCCCUGCGUGUUGCCUUUCAAGGUAUCCAACUCGUUCUGCCUGGUGUCAUUACUCUCAAUCAAGGAGCGCAGGCAGAUUUUGCCACCGUCACGGACCAAUUCUACGAGGACUUUUACAAACUCACUGAAUCGAGCCGACGUCAACGUGCCUUGCAGACCUUUCAGUCGGCCGGCAUUGCCGGGUUGCGCUCCACCACCACCUUUCGUACGCAAAUGGUCACGAGUGACAACUCGGGUCCUACCAAUACCAUAGAAUACGAUCAAUUACUGGAGUACCGCGUUAUCGACAGCAACCCCCUCAGCCCACCGGAUUUGAUCGUCGCUCCGUUUUUGUUAUCGGAUAUCAAUCGUAAUUAUACCGAUCGUUUGCGCGAAUCCAAUUCAGCCUUUUCGACCAUUCAGGAUGGUGGCUUGGACCCACCGGUUGUACCCGUAAAUGGCGAUGGCGGCGGUGAUGACGGUUUGUCGACCGGAAUUAUUGCCGGCAUUGCCAUUGGUGCCGCGGUGGUAGCCGGGAUCCUCGGGUACAUUUGCUAUUCCUGCAUGAACCGGGAAAGUAACGACGAGUAUGUGCCGUCCUCCUCGCCGACGCCACAAGCCUUUUCCAUUGCCAAUUCGGAAGAAGUCAGUACUCUGCACGAUCCCAUUCGCACGGUUGGCUCUGGUGGUGGCUAUGGAGAUCAAAGUGUCGCCACUGUAGACUAUGACUAUUCCAAGGCGUACGGGGGUGUGGGCGAUGCUUCGGUUGUAUCUUCGGCAGGAGGCACGCUGGGCGAAAACACCCGAUUGACUAAGGAUGAAACCACGACGGGAACUUUAUCUCGUGCUGCACUGGGUGCCGGCUACGACUCGGAAGCUCAAUAUGACAGGGACGACAGCGUUCGAGAGGAAAUCAUCGAAGUAGUCGCGCCGUCGGGCAAGCUCGGGGUGGUGAUUGACACGCCUGACGACGGUGCACCGGUCGUCCACGCCGUCAAGGAUUCUUCCGUAAUCGCGCAUCAAAUAAAGGUCGGCGACAAGCUUAUCGCUGUAGACGACCAAGAUGUCACCGCCAUGACGGCAAUCAAGGUAUCCAAACUGAUCAGUAAGAAAAGUGCCAACCCGACUCGAAAGCUGACGAUUAUCCGCUCGUCUCUAUAUGAUGAUCACUGA